UACACGCAUAGAGCUUAAUGCAUCCUAUUCCGAAUAUUUAUAAACGUUUUGAUAACCUUUCUUCGCUUUAAGUACAACAGCCAUUCACUUGCAGCCAGCGCUGCUGCACAAAACGUUUUAUUAAAUAAACUCGUUUUAAGAGAGCGUUUUAAUAAACUCCUUUCAUUGCUGGUGAAUUCGAGGAAUUAAGACGCACACCAGUGCUCAACGCAUGAAUAAUGCCAGAAACAGAGAAAUCAACACCGACCGCAACGGAGACGGUCGUUUUACUGGAGACAGUCGAGAAGCCACCACCGUCCUACGAACAGGUCCAGCGGGAGGACGCUGCGCAGCCGCCGCUGCCCAGCGCCGAGUCAGCCGCCCGCGAGAUGUUCACCAGCUGCGCCACCUACUGCCGCAUCCUCCUAGUCUUCCUGAUUCUGUUCAGUAUCGGCCUGCUGAUCGCCUAUGGCAUUCUUCCUCGGACGCCGGACUGGAUGCUGCGCGUUGGCGCCACACUGCUGUGCGUCGGCUACCUGGUCUACAUCAGCGACGUGCUGUGCUGCGGAUCGAAUUUCAAGUAUUUGAGCAAUAUCGCUUUGGUCAAGGAUAUCGCCAGCCAUGUGGAUUCCGUCCGAUCCAGUGCACCAGCAGUUAUUUGGUACAUGGAGUGCUACCACACGGAAACGCACACCCGCUGGGUGACGGAAGGCAGCGGCGACGACCAGCGCGAACGGCAGGAGACAUACACGGAGAAGGUAGUAACCUGGCGCGGCUCGCAGCACUUCGAGUACAUGCGCUGGACGGACGUCACCGCGCCGCAGCAGCUGCAGCACAUGAAGAAAUCCCAGCACCUCCGCAUCCACUUCGCCAAACUCUUCGAGCUGGCCGACGCGGCGACGCAGUGCGCCUUCGACCGGCAGCGCGACUGCUUCGUGGACGCCAACCGCUGCCGCGAUGUGUCGUACGAUCUGACGGAGGAGCUGGUCAUCCCGGGGUUCGAGUCCAACAUUCUGGCUUGCAAGACGCCGGAGCGGCCGUUCUUCUUGCGACUGCGCUGGUAUUUGCUGGCGGUGCUGUUUUUGCUGGAGUUGCCGUUCAGCUUUAUGAUGAAGAAGCAAUCGGGACUGAUUGAAUAUGUUUACUGCAAAAGACUGACCUGCGACGUUAUUGAAGUACAUAUACACUAAUGUUGCUUCGAGGUUAUACGCGCCCGCCUGUGUUAUUCGUUAUACAGAAACUUUGACGUUUUCGCAUUCCGGACAUUUUUUCAAGAUGGAUUCGGGUGUACCGGACACCGAAGGCACGGUUACGGUUUUAUUGCGAUUAUUAUCCGCAUUGUUCACAUAUAAAAAGAGUUUUUCCAAAUUAGAUUACACUAUAAUUAUUGCUUUUACACAAGCAUGAAUGAAGCUUAUACACGAGGUUGAGAAAACUUUAUCAAGGUUUUUAAUGUUGGACAACUCAGAGUAUACAGUGUCGCCUCGCCUACCGGACUCGAAUCCACAUCGUGUAAGUGUCCGGAAUGCGAGAAAUUGCAAAGUGUUUGAUUUUUCUUUAUUAAGUUUUUAAAGUACGCAGUCAAGUACCGUGCUCUGAGUUGUACUAAAAAGCAGCUGGCUGGCUGUUUUACAAUAUAUUGGAAUCAGUAAUCCUUCGUUUUUUGUUUGAUACUUCACAA